AUGAGCAAAUUUUUUAAUUUUAGGCCCAAUGAAGAUAAACAAGGAAAGGAUUCAGGAAUCCAUAUCAAAUCACCAAUAUCUGAAACAAGUCGCAUCGAAUCUAUGAAACAUCAAACUGCAAUAAUUGCUCAAGCAAAGAGUAAGUCAAACAUAGAUUCUGCAUGUGGAGUAUUCCGGGAUGAAGUAAACAUUGUAUGCCAAAGUGAACCAAAAUCAGGCAUAGAAGAUAAUAUCCAAAAACAGUUUGAUGAAAUUUCGAAAACCAUAGAAUCCAUUCAAUGCCUUUAUUAUGCGUCUGUUGAAACCUCACCGAUGUUAUUCAAUAAUGACCAGUCAGAUAAAAACAAACAUUUUCCUGGGAUAUUUAAAACUAUUGAAAAUUUGAAAGAGAGUGUCAGUAACAUUAGGAAACCUGUAGAAACUGAUGCUAGCCAGUCAGCUGGAAGAGAAAAACCUGUUUCAGCAACAAGUGCUGUUGCAAAAGAAACAUCCAAUAAAGCAAAUAAAACGAGUCCUCAGAAGGAGGCAUUUAGUUAUCUUGCUAAACCUCAAACACCAAAAGCAUCAAUUCUCCAAGAAACGAUUUCGAAUAUAAAACGUAAAAAUUUGCUAAAACACAAUGUUUUAUAUUUAAGAAAAUCCAAUUGUUGUGAACAAAAUUUAGAAACUAAAACUAGUAACGAAGUUUUGGAGAAAAUCUCGUCAGUUUGCAUUGAACCUAAAGACAAUUCUAUAGCUAGUGAAUCGAGCGCCUUCCAGAAACGGAAACAAUAUGAUCGUAAAUUACGCCGGAGAAUGUUGAAGAAAAGUAAUAAAAUUUGCAGCAAAUAGGAUAUUUAUGAUAUAAAACCAAAGCAUCAUUUUCAGCCCUUAGAUUUGAUGAAAUAUCAUUAAGGGUCUCAAGACAGUUUUACAUGAGGUUGCGAUUCUUGUUCAAAUCUACUUUGCAUUGGUUUCAAAUUCAAGAAGCAAGCUGUGAUAUUAGUCAUUAUUUAAACAAAAAUGAUAAUAAUAUUGUUAGAUACCUACUUCAG